GAAGCGGUCUGGUUGGCGGCACGAUACGCUUACCUGGUCUCAGCUGUUCAGCGCAUCAGCUGAUUCGGUCGACGUUAUCGCUUAUCACCCCGCGUGGGUGACAGAUCACGGUGCCGGUUACCCUUCAAUGCGAGGUCCCCGGAACGGGACGACGCGUGACCGUUCAGUAUGUGGCUGAGGCUCAAGUGCGGAUCGGGUCAGUGUGUUUGCCACUCAAUGCGCGGCCAAGAAGGCACUCACUGCAUGCCAAGAUGGGAUCGAGUUUCUAGGUUAUGGCGCUCAGUAUGUGCACGAGGAAAUGCGGUUCAAUCCACCAAGAAGUACGGUCUGCUUACUACGCAGGCCGGAGAAGCUCUGAUAGCUUAUCGCUGGUGAAGGGCUUAUAUACCCUCCACCCGGUGGUCAGGGGAGUAGAGAAGAGCGGUGGGAGCCGCACGAGGUUAUUGUUGGACCACGCACAGAAAUUAUAGAUAUCGUUCCUGAAUGGCCAGGAAGCGAACAUAACAGUAGGAUCUUCCAAAAUUCUCGCAUAUAUAUGCGAUAAGCAAGGCGAACUAGAUGGAAUGUUUGUGGGAGAUGCUGGAUACCCCGCUUGACUCUUUUUACUUACGCCGAUUGGUAAUCCUAGAACGGAUGAAGAAAUAAGUUAUAAUACAAUUCAUGGAAGAACAAGAAGAAUUGUCGAAAGAACGUUUGGUAUAUGGAAACGUAGAUUUCCUUGUUUGUCAAAAGGACUUACUACAAAAUUAUUAACGUCUACAUCCAUUGUCGUGGCUUGUGCUGUUCUUCAUAAUCUAUUAUUGAUUUUCAACGAUAACUUAGAAGAUGAUGAUGAAAUAGUAAAUAUAAAUAAUGAUGUUCCGGUGGCCGAACCUCACUGGCAGCCUGGGGAUGGCAUUCUCAUACGAAAUGCUCUUAUCGAACGAUUGUUCAGGCCUCAAGAAUAAGAUGCUGCACAGUAACAGGUGAUGCAAUUGAUGAUGUAUACCUUGGCAUUGGAACUGACAUUGAAAUUGUUUAGACUAUCCGAUACCUUUGAUAACAAUAUGCCGCUGAUUUCACCCCACUCACCUAUACAAUUGAAGCUGAGGCGAAUUAUGCAAAUGUGGGAUAAACACUUUUUUGAAACGUAUUUUAAAGAAAAUUGUUCUACUCAAGAGGUAGUAGGAAUGAACGACAUAAUAGAGGAUAUGCCUUCAAUAACACUAAAAGAAGCACAAAUAGGAAAUUUAAAAAAAAAUUUGGUACAGGAUACUGCUUGUGAGGCUUCUGAAGAAGGUAUAAAAUAUAUAUGUGUGGGCGUGUAUGUGUGCGUGGGAACACCUACAAAUUUUAUUUGGACUCGCGAAGCUACUAAAUAUUUUUUACAAAAGUAUGCUGAAAGAAAAAAUGCUUUUCAAAAUCCAAAAAUUAAAAAAAAGACUAUAUGGGAAGAAAUACAAAAGGAUUUAACGAGCGUAGGCUAUAAUAUUUAUACAGAAAUAUUGGACAGAAAAAUGCGUAAUAUGAAGCAUUCUUUUAAAACAAUAAAAGAUAACAAUAAAAAAAGCAGUACAGGACAUGGACGUAUACAGUGAGAGUGGUAUGAGUUGAUGGAAGAAAUUUUUUUAGAAGAUACUAUUAAUAUAGGCAAUACAAUAUCAUCAUUAUCGUCAUCUUUAAACUUACCUGAACCUAAUUGUAAUGUAGAAAAUAGUAUUCGUACUAUGCAUACGAUAGAACAGCAUGAUACAUCGUUACCUACAAUCGAAAAAACUUCAAUUUCAUCCACAUUAAUGUCACUCCCUAGUGAACAAAUGCAUUCCAUUCCUGAUCCAUCCAUUCCGGGAACCUCACGGUGUGAUAAAAAUGAAUAUUUACAUAGGUCUUCCAAAUUGUUAAUAUAUACAAAAAAUUUGUUUGCUUGUUGGUUUUAUAUGAAAUCUUGUUUCCUAAAUCAUCAAAAUAAUUUAGGCAAUAAUUAUUUGCAUAAAGAUUUUAUUCAACAUGUACCACUUUGUUAUAGUCUGCGUUCACAGUCCCCUGUUCAAAAUGAAAAUGAACAAAUUGAAAAUAAAAAGCAAAAGACUCGAAGAUCGAAACAACUGUACGAGUUAAGGAAGGAUCAGAUAGAGAGUGAGAAGAAAAGAGUAGAAGCAAUAAAUAAACUGUCAGCUGCUAUUAAAGAAAGCAAUGACAUAGAAAAACGAAAAGCAACUGCUACUGAAGAAAACAACAACAUAGAGAGACAAAAAAUAGUUGCUAUUGGAGAAUAUAACAACUUCCAAAGACAAAGAAAUAUAUUAUUUGAAACUUUCAUAAAAUUGCAAAGAGAGAAAACAUGAAAAGUUCAGAGAAUUAGUUAUAGAAUCACAGAAUUAGGCCGGUAUUUAUAAUCAGAUCUUAUAUUUAAGAUCAUUUUAAGUUUAUCUUUAGACACUUUUAAACCAAUCAAACGAUCCGUAAAGUAUCUGAAGAUAAACUUAAGACGAUCUUGAAUGUAAGAUCUGACUAUGAAUACCGGUCUAGAGUUCAUAGAAGAUAAAAUAAGAAAGUAAUAUUUAAUAAUAGUAAGAUACAAUAAAAAAGACAACUUAGAGGAUCCUGCGACACGUGCGAAUCCACCUAUCGAAAAUCGAAGCGCGCUCGAGCCGGCCGGCACGGGACCGGGGCUCCUCACUGUUCGGUGAGCUACGUACUGAGGCGUAUCGGCAAGGAUCAGCCCUAAAGUUACCGAAUCUGGAGGACCAGCUGGUUACCGUUUUGGUGCUCUGGCGAGCCAGGAUCUCUCAUACUGUAAGGCCAUCACUCGGCAGCCACCGAUCUACGUAAGAUUCGGAUAAGGCGGUCGACUCUCGUGCGGGUCCGGAUAAAGGAUACCGUUUCUUGUGUGCUAUCGGUCAUCCGACAUCCGUUACCGUUAUUGCUGCUGUUUUGUGUUGAGUAACUCGAAAUAGAAAGUAGAAUCUCGUGGCCGCACGAGAGCUUGGACCGACCGGCCCCGAAUAGUAGUUAACUAAGUACGUCCCUCUCGGACGAAGCCGGCACCGACAGUCAUAUUUAGUAUAGUCGAGUCAAUUGUUACCGCGAAUAUUGUUUCCGCAUAUAUUAUCCUUGUUCUUAUUCGGGCGGAGAGCCUCAUCGGCCUCUCGCCUCGUGUAAUAGAUUUUCUAGUUUCCGCAUUUUUUUUGUCUUGAAGUCGUGUUACCGUCUCAAUUGAAAAUAUUUACGAAUUCGUUGUGUUCAGAUCAUUUGAUUAAAGUCACUUGUUUUUACUGUUACCGUAUCUUCUAAUCACCGAAGAAAUAUGACUGAUUGUUUAUCUGUUUAAAAAUUGAGUACCGAAUCUUUUCUGCGACCUGCCUCGAUCCGACAUCUCCACACGUCUCAUCUACUUAAGAAUCACGCUCCUCUACCGAGUAAAAGAGCUACCGGCUGUAGUAACGCUUUCUCUUGGGUUACCACAUUAUCGCUAAUUAUUGUGUGGCGCGAGAAUUCGCGCCUGGCGCCCAAAAUAUAGAGUUUUGUGACGAUACCGUUUACGCACGUUACCGCUAUCGUAUCGAAAGCAAUCUCGAGCAAUAUAUUAAGGAUACCGUAUACGAAAGUUACUGCUAUCGUAUCGAGAGCAAUCUCGAGCGAUAUAUUGGGGAUACCGCUUACGCAAGUUACCGCUAUCGUAUCGAGAGCAGUCUCGAGCGAUAUAUUGAAGAUACCGUCCCGCGAGUUACCGAUAUCGUUGGGGGAAUUUUUCAAGUUCCAUUUGGGGGAUACCGUUUUUUGAAGCUUCCGAUUUUCGUUGAGAAAGCGUCACUUUCAGUAAAGGUUACCGCUUAAUUGGGCGUAGCCUCCUCGGACCUGGCGGUUCCCGAGGGAAAGCAACGUCGCAGCGCAUUCGUUACUGUGUCUGUUUGGACUGUGUUCGUUUGUUACUGUGUCCGUUUAUUACUGUGCGCAUCUGGGACUCUUUCAUAAGUUCUAAUUUAAUAUGAUGUGGAAGAAGAACUUUUGAAGGCUCAACUAACGGUUCAUUUAUGAUGUUUUUAAACUCAAAUUGCAAAGACGUCUUUGUCGGCCAUUCCUUAUGUAACCUGGUUAUUGACCCAAUAAUAUAAAAGAAUUUCCCCA